UGCUUUGACUUCCAUGCCAUGCGGACUUCCAAGAAGUGAUGAUGGGGGUAUCACAGUCAGCUAUCAGCAAUCAGCAGAACCUAGCUAGCUAGAUCUCAUUCGUGCUGUUCUUUUGCCCCAAAGAAAACAGCUUUGCUGGGUUUCCUCUCAUUUUUCUCGAGCGCAAGAUCCCCAAUCCGGUGGUGCCCGUCGACCUUGUCAUCAACGAUAGAGUUUGAUGUUCUCAGGUCGGUGAGAGACUGAUACCGGUAUACCUAUUUUAUAACAUGUCCCAUCCUCGGAACCUCCAUCGUCUCGUUCCAGCUUUUUCCUUCCUCUUGGUGUCAAGUGCCAUUGAAUUUCAGAAGACUGAUCGCAGGAGAAGUGCGACCAACUGUGACACCGCCGUCAAGGAUGAUGCCAUGUCGAAAAGAAGAGGGAUCCAACGCCUCCAUGGGGUGGCGUUGCCAAAAUACGGGGGCGGUAUCAUAAUGGAUCGAGAAAACAAUCAGCGAGUAACAUUGGGAAGGGUAGAAGCUUGGAAAGACGUGACCUGGAAAGAUUACAACAGUAACCGUUAUGGGAAGGGCUACAUUCAGCUUUCGUUCCGGAGCCAUGAUUCUGUCAUUACUAAAGAGGCCCAUUGGAUUCAAUAUAUCAAGCGGCAAAAAUGGGACAAAGAAGGAAACACGGUGGACCAGGACGAGAACAUUCCUGUGGAUCGGUCGCUCUGGCAUCGCCGAGGAGAGUGGUUUCUCGAUGUGCCACGACGGGCUUGCAGCCCUUUUUAUGAUGAGUGGAGCAUGCAUCAUCGUACCGAAACGCAAGUCUCCAUCUUCGACCAGCCUCUGGGAUCAUUGGAUCCUCGACUACAUUCCAAGCUUUUGAUCGAGCUAGAAUCACACCUGGUCUUACAGGGAAAGAUUGUAUGGAGAAUCCGGUGGCAAGUGGUUGAGACCGCACAACAUGGGCGCCAAGUGGAGUUUCUCGCGGGUGGCCCGGUCGAUUCUCUCGCGGAUGAACUGAAACCGAUAAAGAGGUGGAAAAUUGGGUACUCACAUUGUCACCGCGCCGAUGAAGGCUUCACGGUUUACUUGCAGAAUGAACAGUUUUCAAGUAAAGCGCCCUGCCCUUCUCGAUCGUCGAAAUUCGAAGCCGCAAACAAGGAGCUGCCUCGGGGCCUUGAAUGAUACUAAUUCGACAGCUGGAUACUAUUACUUGUUAGCAAGAAGAAUGAUGCAAUCAAGCUACGAGUAGUAUUGUACUGGUAGCAUUCCUGUCCGUGACCGAUGGCGCUUGUGCUGCUCAUGCGUGGGACCGGUUGGGAAGCGUGAUUCGUUCGGUGCGGACGUUGACGUCGACAACGACGACGAUACGCGAAUCGUACCGAACCGUAAAAGCUAUGGUGGAGCCAAAGGGUGUUGCAACGUUCCUGUCCAGAUUUCAAAAGAUGACGACUUUCCUUCGAGCAAGUCGUGGCGUGAUCCCAAAUCGUCAACUCAACUAUCCUUAUUGCUUGGGUGGAUCAAGUCCAAGGUCGCCCACACUUGUAUCAAUGAGUCUCCAUGCUGCUGGAAAUUCUCUUGCAUAGAAAGCCUGUUUCACAGGAUAGAACUGUUGCAUGUGAUCAUAUCGAUCCUCCAUUGCAUAGUAAUAUGAGUUGACAAUGCCAUUUUUGUAUCCUGGUUCUUGAUGAUUGUCGGCAUGGUAUCCUCGAAGCCGAUUGAUGUAUGCUGUGAACGUCGAAAACCAACAUCCGAAAAAGACUUUUCCUCUGGAUGCUACAAGUUGGUCAAUCAUACCGUAAUAAUUUGUGUUUACUUGUUUGCCCAGGACACCAAUAAAGUCGUCCAAAAAGACAACAUCAUAGUGGUUCAUGAGCGGCUGGAAGAAAGUUAAGUUGCGUUCGUCUUCACGUGCCAGUUCAAGUUUCAACGGUCAAUACAGUCAAGGUGAGA